UGCAAGCGUCUGUCAGAAAUAACUCCGCCAUUGCUAGCGUCAAGUUGAAUCUUGAAACUUUGUAAACAAACUAAUAUUUCUCAAUAUAUUUUUUAUUUAAAAGCCAGGUGUGCAUGUUAUAUUUUCAUUAGUAUAUGACCUAGCGAUAAAAUUGUGUUAUACAACGUCUCUGAUUAAAAGUUGUUACAACAUUUGCAGUUGCCAAGAACGCUUGAAAUAUGACGAGUAAUGCACGCAGAAAGAGGAAGGAUGAACGGUUGAUCCAAAGUGAAGAUGAAGAGGAGGGCAUAUCAAAUCCAUCCAUGGAAGGAGACUUACCAGAGAUGACUGGUACAGACUCAUCCCCAGAGAUGGAGGCAGCCGAGGCAGAUGCCUUAGUGAAGACGCUAAAGACGAAAAGGAGGAGGAAGAAGAAGGAGUUGGCAGAUGAAGUUAUCUCCCCCAAAGAUGACUUGGCGAGGCAGCUGAAAGAGGCGAAGAGGAAGAGUCGACAGAAAAUAGAGGAUGCAGAGCGGGAGGAAAUGGAGGAGUCGGCUCCCAUGUCAGUGGUUUCUGACGAUGGUACCCUGCCCAUGCCAGAGGAGGAAGAAAGGGAACCAGCGCCCGAGGAGGCUGAGGGGGAGGAAGUGAGGAGGCUGAGGAAGAAGAAGGAAGAGACUGAAGAGACCCUGAUUGAGGGCCCCCCAGGGGAGGAGGAAGAGACCCCGCCCCCUAGAGAGGAGGAGGAACCACCUGCCAAGCCCCCCUCCCCAGUCCCUAAAGAACCCUCAGAUGAGAUGCCCUCAAAGAGUUUGUCGAUAAGGGACAAGAUGAGAAUGAGGAUGGAGAAAGCAAAGGAGGAGGCUCUCUCAGAGGUGAAGGAGGAGGAGAAGGAGAGCAGGAAGGAGCGUCGUCUGCAGCGGGACAAGAAGCAGACAACACGAUUCGACGAGACUAAACCUUAUAUAGGAAGUCCACAUGCUUCCUUUGAGAUUGACGAAAAUGAGCUUGAUAGAAUCACAGAAGAGAAGAGGCUUCAGAGAUUAGAGAGACGGAAGAAAAUGCCUGCAAAGGGCCGAGAGGGUUUUCAGAUGCCCACAGCGGAGGAAGCGUUUGACUUCUUCACACGGGAAUGGAAGGACGAGGAAAAGGAGGAAGUGGAGGAAGGUGUGGAGAAAGCUGAGACAGAGAAGGCGGAGAAGAAGGAGGGGGAGGAGGCUGCAGAACAGGAAGGGGCCCCAAAACCUGACAAACCGGAAGACGAGCAGCCAUUGAUAACGCAGGAUGAUGAGAUGGUGUCCGACCUGCCCACUAUGAUGUGUGCUGCAUACACGCCGGAUAUCAAUGAGCAGAUCAAAAAGGAGGGCGAGAUUUACUUUGUGCCGUCUGCAGCUGAAAUUCCGGCCACUCAGAAGGUGGGAGCAGACUUCGAGGUACGUAGGCUAGAGGAUGAGGGAUUCUACGUGGGUAAGCGUCCGUCUGCAGGCUCCAGGAACCAGAACAGAAUGGAGCACAGGCUACUCAAGGAGAUUGAAAAGGGCCGAGAGAGUAGCCGGGCAUGGUUUGGAGAGGACGGACGCCUGCUAGCCCUGCCUGACCCCCUCAGAUCCCUCCCCUCACGACCCCCCAUGCCCGAGGAGGUGGAGCCCGUCCUGAAGCUCGACUACAAGAAGGCUGUGAUCCGUGAGUUUGACAACCGGUACAUAGACGGCACCACAGAGGGCAUCGGCCACUACCAGUUGGACGUGGACCUCAACCAGGUGUUCUUCACGCACCACCACCUGUACAGCAAGGAGCACGCCCUGGCACAGAAGCUCACCAGCCUCUACGAGCAGUAUGUGAUCAGGGAGAGGAAGAACAUGACCGCGUACCUAGGGGAGAAGUUAAAGGCAUUGAAGAACUCCGCCCUUCACCUUCAAGACCAUAUUGCAGCUCACAAGGUUAACUUCAGCAUAUAUAGUAGUGAGUACAACCUGACAGAUCGCUCCAACUAUGAUAGACGUCUUCAGGACUACAGGGCAGAAAUCAUUCAGACCCGCCAGCAGCGUGACCGAGAGGAGAAGACAGACCGUACACUGCUACGGCACAUCCUGGCCACGUGGAAGGCGAUCAAGAAAGAGCGGGAACUGCAGACGUUUACCAACACACCUGUCAAGCUGCAGAUCAGGAAGGAGGAUGGGAACAAGGUGGAGGAUGAGCGUGUCUGGAAACAGGAAGUCCUGGCAGAGAUUGAAGAGCUGCGCGAUGAACAUGAGCGGGAGUACAAGCGCAACAUGCUGACUUAUGAGGAGGAGAUGAAACGCUACCAGAAUCAGAUACAGGCAAAGGCUGAGGCUCAGAAGAGGGUUGACAAGAGGCGCAAGAAGAUCGGGUCAAAGCAGAGCAUAAGGAGUGGUGCUGAGGAUGAUGAGCAGCAUGAGAAAGACCUAGAGCUCCUGUCAGAGGCUGAUCUGACGCUCCCUGAUGAACCAAGCCAUUUUGACGAUGCCACGGUGAGGGAAUCCGUUGAAAAGAAGGCGAGAGAGAACCGCAGACGCCCCGGCGAGCCUAAACUGCAUCUCGAGCUCUCCAACACGGCCACAAUCACUCCAACACAGAACUGCAAUCUGGACGAGCAAAGGAGAAGAGCAGACGUCUCCAAGUGCAUGAUAUUUGUGAAGAUCCUCUUUAAUAACAAGGAGGUCUCAAGAACUAAUAUGAAGCCUCUUUCCCAGGACUUCAAAGUGAGUUAUGGUCAGAUAUACAGCAUGAAGAUCGUCCAGUGGCCGGAAAGCAUCGCAUUUCAGGUCCAUGAAAGCAUAGGGCUGGGUAGCACGCUGGUAGCGGAGUUGUGUGCUCCUAUCCCGGACACGAGUGUGACCUCGGUCUCUGUUCAACUGGAGGAUCUCGAGUUCAGCAGCGACCGCAAGGAGAAACUGAACCGGGCUGCUGUCGGAAGUGGCAUGCCGUUCACGUACGGGUCUGACAACUCCCAGCUGGAGAUCCUCAUGACCACAGGCAUCCUCACGUACAGCGUGGCCUGGGCCGUAGACGAGCAUGGGCAGGCCCUGGUACCCCCCGCCCUAGUCAACGCAAACACCAUGUUUACCCACAUGAAGAAGAUGGACCCUCUGGCUGCAAUUGGGGCCGCAGGGGUCAUGGAUCUCAAGAAGCUUGCAGACUGGUUUGCCAGCUCCCACCUUGACCCCAACGACCCCUCCAACGCUGACAUUGUUUACUUGCUACGAGGAAAGGGAGGAGACACGAGUCACCUGACCCCUGCAGAGUAUUUCCGUCUUGAGCAGCUGAUGGUGGAGUUUGACUUCGUUACCCAGCAGGAGCUUGAGGAGAACAAGCGGUUUCGACUGAUACAGCUGCGUGACGAGGAGGUCCAGGAGUUCAAGAACUACAAGAUGGUGCCGGCACAUGAGCGCGAGGUGCCCAGGGAUGUCUUCACGGAGUAUGAGCGUAAGAAGAGGGAAGAGCAGCGCCUAAAAAGUGAAGGUGACCACGACAUUGAGACUCAGAGAAUGGCUGUGAAACGAUACCGUCAGAAGAUUCGAGAUCAAGUUAUGCGUAGGUUCCGUAGACAGGCUCACAUGAAGAAUUGGGAGGACAUGGUGAAAGAAGACAUGGUUCCAAACAUUGCUUUGCUGGGGACCAGCCUGAUGAAGGUGUUUGCCCGUCGGACGCCACUGAAGCCACAGCGCAAGAAGCAGAAGAAGGUGGUCGCGCAGUCCAUCAAGGGAGACGAGGUGCGGAUCAUUGUGAACAUCAGUCGCGCACAGAAUGUUCCUGUCAGGCUGUCCGCUGCAAUGCAAGCUGGAGCUGAGUCAAACGAGUCAGGGAAUGCGUUAUGGAGGUCGGGUGCCGUGACAUCAAGGCAGGACACUAGACUGCUUGAACAGCGUUUUUAUGAUGAUUACAAACACAUUACAAUGGUCCGUCCAUUUGUUGAGGUCAUGUUCCAACACCACUGUAUAAGAACCUCAGUUGGAGAUGGCUCCAACCCCAGUUUUAACGAGGAACUGGAGGUACCUUUCAGGGCUCCAUUUGAUGAUUAUUCCCCUGGCAACCUGCAGACUGUGCCAGAUGCCGUCUUCUUGAAUAUCUUCGAUGAAGUUGUUGUAGACAUACAGGAGGAUGACCGGGAGCGUGGUCGCAUGGUCCAUCAGAGGAUUGAGAAGAAAUGGCUGGGCAGUCUCAAAAUACCCUUCACCACCAUAUACUUCAAUGGAAAGAUUGAUGGCACAUUUCGUGUGAACGCCCCACCAGUGUUGCUUGGUUACGUGUACGAGGGUUUGAGCCACGGGCCAGACGACAUCGGGAUCAACAAGGACCUCAAGACCCUUCUGGGCCUUUUCAUCUCCAUACAACCACCCCUCACUCAGCCUGAACCCGUGAAAGAAAGGUUCUCAACCAAUGAGGAUGAAGCAACAAUGGUCCAGGCUGACCAAUGGAAGGAGCAGAUUUCAAGUCGAUUCACACCAAAGCGGGAACUUAAAACAUUCGUGACAGACGUGAACUUCAAGUCAGUGUUUAUCACCCGCUACUUCCGACCAAUCAAUCCGCCAGAUGAGUUCACUGGGAAGGGACCAGAGUUGGUGGCCAGGUACGUCAGUCUGAUCCCAUUCGUGCCAGAUGCAGCCAUCUUCCCUGGUCUCUGUGAUAUCUGGAACACCUGUGAUCAAUUUCUGGCCAUGCUGUCGGGUGAUGAAGAGGAACAUGCCAUCCUCCUGGUGAACUAUUUCCUGCACAUGGGCAUCAAGGCAUGGCUCAUCUGUGGCAAUGCCAUACCCGAGGGUCCCACUGCCUAUGUACUUACAGAGGAGGCUAACGUCCACUAUAUCUGGAAUCCGUCCUCGGGGGAGAGAUUCCGCACCAACGAUGCCACCUGCCCUCUGCGUAGCAUCGGAUGUAUUGUGAAUAAUGAGAAUAUCUGGGCCAACAUUCAGCCGUAUGACAAGCCAGAUCAGAUGAUGUACAGCUUGACAGAAACCUCAUGCUGGGAACCACUGUUCAACAACAGCAGACGCAACCCUGGCCUGCAGAGCAUACAGCCAGAGCGUCUGUACUACCUGCAGACGGACAAGGACUUUGUGACGGAGCUACAGGAGAAGAUCCAGCAUGUGCUCAAGAACAAGGUCAUGGACUGGCGCAGCCGCUACAUCACGCGCUGGAACAGACACUGCUCCCAGAUCAUGAGGAAGACCCUGCCACUGCUUGAAGAGUCCCUGGGAAAGAGUGUCGAUCAGGACCACAUCAAGGAACUGGAGGCUUCGUUCUCCUCCUACAAGGUGUCAGGUUUCCCAAUCAACAUGCCGUUCACAGAAGUGGAUCCAAUCGUGGAGACAGUGUAUGCCACUGGGGUGCACGGUCACGAGUCAAACGAGAUCGAGUUUGCAUUGGCGGUCUACGUGCACCCUUAUCCAAACUCUGUCCUUUCUGUGUGGGUGUACGUGGCCUCGCUAAUGAAAAACCGCUAGAGAGACUGAGGGCAGACUAGGGCCUGUAUCCCCACCAAACAUGCAUAGACUUGAGUUUAAGAAUAAAUAAUAUUCUUUUUACCCUUUACCACUUAGAUACGUUUUUUGACACAUUUGUAGUCACUUAGAAAGUUAGAUUUUAUUAAAAAUCUUUCUUACAAGAUUCAAGUUUUAAAGGCUUCAUUUCAAACCCUUAGAUGCUGAUGAGCAGCAAACAGCAUAAAACCGGAACAGACUGCGAGUUACUCGCACGCUGUUCUGGUUUUAUGCUGUUUGCACAUAGCCAUUUUCACUUUUGCUUCCGAGUGGAAAAGGGUUCAUUGUAAUAUUUAAGAUUUGCUUUAAUUUUGAGUCAAACUUAUUACCAGCCUCUAUCUACAUAAUUAUUUAUGUAGAACAUUUUGUUAAGGACAUUAUCACCAGUGAAAGCCUGUAUAUAUUCAAACGCCAGAAAUGUUUUUCUUGCAUCAAAGUCUAUUUUUUAUUCUUAAGUCUAAGAAUGGGUUGGUGAAUAUGGGCCUAGAUGAUAGACUGAUUAUGAGAACAUGGGAAUGUGUUUAAAGUUUGGACUUGAUGAGAGCGAUGGACCGCCCAUAUUUUAUCAUGAAUCUGUGAUAAUACAUUUUAGUAAUUUGUGACCUAGGUUUUAUUUAAUUUAGGAAGUGUGUAUCAUGGUAUACUAGUAUAUUUCAAUAAAUAUCUGUAAAAGA